AGUAUAAGGCUAUCACUAAGAUCAUGGCAGAGAAGAUCAUAGCAUAGCCUUCAGGUUAGCCUUUUGUCAAUCACAUACAGCCGAACGAAUGCGACAAUCCCCCCAGCUAUUACAACAUCUCCAUCCAGCAAACAUGUGCACGUAUUAUUACCUUCACUACCAUCACCUAGCCCCUUGCACCCGAGACGUUGAGUACGCGGUGCAUUACUCAUUCUGCCCCAACGCUAUACCCGAUAUUUCCAGCGCGAAUCCACCGAGUUCCGUCAAUACCGGAGUUACCGAGCAUGGAGAACAAUGGAUCCAGCAGCCGUGCGAGGGGCUCACUUACGCGCCCGAGUAUAGCCCUGUCGAAGGCGUAGACUACAACAGCCCUUGCGCGACGGGAGGGUGCCUCGUUUCACACAAGUGCAGCUCUGGGGGAUGUAGACUGGAGGAUCUUGGCGGGAGCUGGACUUGUUGUCAGUGUAAUCGCGGAGGGAAUACACUUAGGUGGUGCAUACGACCGAUGAAGAAGAUCCCCGACUCUCUUUGUUAUCAUGCGAUUUGCCAGGAAUGCCGCCCAGAUCAGAUGUAGAAACGAAGGAGGAUGAGAAAUAGUGUGUGGAUGGAGAUGUGUGGUGCUGAUGAUUUGGCAGUAAUGCCUCGUACCUAUGCAAUGUACCAUACCCUUUACUAUAUGGAUAUGUUAAAUCUCGUUCCUUUCCUAAUGUACCCCUGAUGGGAAACGCUGCUUGUCUACUAGGGAAAGACGAAAUCGAAUUUGGAUUUGGAUAAGAGUCAUAGUGCUACCGUAGAAGUGAGACCGGUAUUGAUCUUGCGAAGCUGAGUUAAGCCAUAUUGGUUCCAUUAUUGGGUUUGCUUUAUGAGGUCGGCGACUUCGCCACGUGGGAACCAAGGACUAUGUAUGACAGUUUUUGAUAGUCAGGCCCGGUGAGGAAAAUUCUGCGAAC